AUGGAGAGAAACGUUGAGAAGAUGCUGAACAGAGUUUCAGUCGUGUUCUUAAGCAUCGGAACAGUGUUAAUGCAUCUUCCUCUCCCAAAGAAGAACGCUCGAAUCUGGUUCUCUGGAGCUUGGAAAUCGCGUCUAUCCUCCUUCUCUACCUACUUCCUCCGAUUUCGCGAUCUCGGAUUCAUUCAAAAUCACACCAAAGCUCUCUGUCUUUCCGACGGAGCAGGCCAUGCUCCGAUGGCUCUUUCUCAGAUCGGAUUAUCCGACGUUACCGCAGUUGAAUUGGUUGAUUCGAUUCCUCUUGUGAAAAGAGCUGAUCCUCAUAACCUUCCGUUUUUCGACCGUGUCUUUGAUUUUGUCUUUACUGCACAUCUAGCUGAAGCUCUGUUUCCGUGGCGGUUCGUGGAGGAGAUGGAGAGGACGGUGCGACGCGGUGGGUUUUGUGUGGUUGCGGUUGAUGAAUGUAGUGGAGAUGAUGUUAGAGACAUUGCUAGGUUUUUUCAUAAUUCCAAGAUCGUUGAUGUUGCUAAUGUAACCUUAGAAAGAGUCAAAAGAACUAGUAUACUAUUCAAACUUCAAGACUCUAAAAGGACUAGUAUACUAUUCAAAGUUCAAGACUCUCUUUCAUGA